GGCCUCGCUCGCGCUUCUCCCACUUGUAUUUAAGCCAGCCCUUCUUCUACUAAGAGCACAGCCUAGUUCUGCCCAGUAGACGCUCCACAAACGAACCGUCAGGUUCUCGCCGCUAUACCCCCAGCCCCCGACCCCAAGCAGACGCCCCAUAACUCCAAAUGGAGUCACGCCGCAUGUCCUUCCAGGGCGGUGACCCACCUCCUCAGGCUAUCCAGCUGGUCCACGACAUGAUCCAGAGCUACAACUGCUUCGACGCGUGGGACUACGAGCCCCAGGAUAUAUGGAGCUAUCGUGAUGACGACUGCCUCCACGAGUACAUCCCUGCCGUAUAUGGAAACACUGGACUUUCCAACUCCGAGUACGUCACUCAUUAUAGAACCCUUCGGCAAUCGCUGGACCGGGAAGGGGCACACAACUUCACGAUGGAACUCGACGAGAUUUUUGCGUCCUUGAACUAUGACCGCAUUGCGGUCACGACACUGUGUACCGCCCAGUACUCGUCGAGGCAAUAUGUGAACAUCUCUUGCGUCUUCGUCCUCCAAUUCAACCCACCGUGUGACAGAAUCACUCAUAUCCACGAGCACGUCGGGCCGUUCUUGCAGCCUUUUAUCGGAUUUGCCAUGCCCACCGGGGCUGCUUAG